CUGUAUGUCAGCUGCUUCCAUUUCCGCGGCUUUUCUAGCCGGUAAUGCGGUCGUUACGCGGCACAGCCAGCCGUCCGCUCAUUGGACAUUCGCUGCAUGCGGUGGAGCCUGCAGGCUGAUUCUCCAUACUACUUUGCCACAGUCUGCAGCUAGCAGCUAGCAGCUAGCGAGUCAUUUUCCAGGAGAAAGCCAACUUAAAAUUAUCGCGCUCAGUGACCCUGGAGGGGGUUAGAAGUGAUGGAUAGCAAAGGUAGCUCCCUGCCUUCAAUGCCCGAACCAGCCAAUCCGAUCAGCAUGAAGCAACCACCGGAGUCCCUCAGUGUACGGAAAGGUCGAGGGGAUAUGAGUAGUGACCCUGCUAUGCUAAUGGACAAAGCUGCUGCACAUCUGGCUGCCACACUACAAGACAGCGUUCUUCAGAAGAUGGCUGGCCAUAACAACCACAGUCACGACAGGCUCAAAGACCUCACCUCCCGCAUGCUCAACGGUGACCAAGACUCACUGCCCGAGCUUUGUACCCCUGAGCCACCUAUGUUCAGGGGUGCCGAAGCGCCUGCCACAAAUGGCACCCAUCAGCACAACUGUACUCCUCACACUGAAGCUGAACUAACAGUAACGAUACCCCAAGUAGUCACGCAGCCGUUAUUUGAGCCAUGUUGUGCCAAUGGGACCAGUUUGGCCACAGCCGCUGAAGGUACUAUAUCUGGAACCGAUGAGAGGCAGGAUAUAAAGAAAAGGAGGGGGCGAACUGUCAAACCAAAUCCUCAAACAAACUUAAAUCCCUCUGACAUCCAAGUGGAGCCUCCUGGCCACACAAACAUUAUGGAGGGAACUGAAGAGACAGAUGAGCCUGAGAACAGGUCAGAGUUGAAAGAGGAAGUAAAGGAACAGGCUCCUUUGCUGAGCCGCUUCUCCGUUGGGGAUCUGGUUUGGACAAAGGUGUCAGGAUACCCCUGGUGGCCCUGCAUGGUGACCACAGACCCAGAACUGAACCAUCACUUUAAACAGAAACAGAAAACCAAUGGGAGGUCAGGUCUCCUUUACCACGUGCAGUAUUUUGGAGAUGCCCCAGAGAGAGGCUACAUCUUUGAGAAGAACAUGGUGUCCUUCACUGGUGAGGAUCAAUACCAAGAGCUUAGUCGGAGCAACAAACAGCCGGCCUCGCGUAUCAACCAUAAAAAGACAACUCCCUCUGUGCCGCGUAAACUCCAGGCUCAGUGGAACAUGGGCAUCAUUCAGGCCAAGGAGGCACUCGACAUGUCCCUGGAUGCUCGCAUGGCCAACUUUGGAUUUCUGUAUGAUGACGACGGGCCUCAUCUGAACCUCCACAUCUUGGAGAAGUUAAAGCCGGAACAAAGCAACAAGCUGAACCAGAAAGCAGAGAAUAGGCUUAGCCCAGAUCUCCCCCUCCAACCGAAUUCCUCAAAAUCUGUAUCAGGUAAACAAGGUAAACCAGUUGUACCUCAGAAGAAAAAGAGAAUAUCCAAACAGGGUCACUCUCCCACCAAGACAGUGAGGAGAAAGAAAACGUCUGCAGCGGACAACACUUCUGAGCCCGUGAAGAAGGGGAAAACAAAGGAGGUCUCUUCAACAAAUGAUGUUUCAGAAGUGGCCUCACUUCCAGUUUCAGUUCCAGUGAAAAAGGAGCGAAAGAAGAAGAAAAGGCUGUUAACAGAUGCUGUGGCAGAAGGGGAUCAGCAGUCUAACAAGAGAUCCAAACCAAGCAAAGAUGCUCAAAAACAGGCUUCAACUUCAGAAGGACCGGUGAAAAAGCGGAGAAGGUGGACAAAGAAAACCGACGUAAAGGAUGCAAAAGAACCCAGGAAACAUCUGAAGAAGUCAAAAAGUCCCCUGACUGAUGACCAAGAGGCAGAGAAACCAAAGCGCAAGAGAAAAAGGAAACAGGAUGGAAUGAAUCAGGCCACACCCUCCAAGGCAAAGAAGAGGCGUUCCUCCCCGUGUCCUGAUCCCGAGGGUUCUGGGAGUGAAGGACGCCCUGAAUCUCCGAGUGACAGCUUAGACGGGACAAAGAAGGGUGAACGCAAAAAAGAGUUUGUCUGUCAGAUGUGUGAGCAGGCUGGUGAGGACCUGGUACCCUGUGAGGGUCAGUGCUGCGGGAUGUUCCACCUCCACUGUCUCGAUCAGACUCUCAAACCUGACGACAAGCUGUUGUGUCAGGAGUGUAGCACAGGAAUUCACUCGUGUUUCAUUUGUAAGAAGUUGGAGGGUGAGGUCCGGCGCUGCCACGUCCCACACUGCGGCAAAUUUUACCACGAAGCGUGUGUCCGCCUCAACACCCUCACGGUGUUUGACAACAAGGGCUUCCGGUGCCCGCUACACACCUGCCUGAGCUGCCACUACGGCUGCCGCACAAAGCACAAGUCCAACAAAGGCAGGUUGAUGCGAUGCCUUCGAUGCCCAGUAGCGUACCACAUCGGCGAUCAGUGUGUGGCUGCAGGAAGUGAGAUGAUCACCAACACUGCCAUCAUCUGCACCAACCACUUCAACGCCAAGAAGGGCUACAGCCACCACAGCCAUGUCAAUGUCAGCUGGUGCUUCGUCUGCUCCAAAGGGGGACAGCUGUUGUGCUGUGAGUCCUGCCCGGCAGCUUUUCACCCUGACUGCCUGAAUAUCGCUAUGCCGGAUGGGAGCUGGUUCUGCAACGACUGCCGAGCUGGAAAGAAACCCAAGUACAGGGACAUCAUCUGGGUCAAACUGGGAACAUACCGAUGGUGGCCAGCAGAGAUCCACCACCCAAGAAACAUUCCCACCAACAUCCAGCAUCUUCGACACGAGAUCGGAGAGUUCCCAGUCUUCUUCUUUGGCUCCAAGGAUUAUUUCUGGACUCACCAGGGCAGAGUAUUUCCAUACAUGGAAGGCGACAGGGGAAGCAAACAUCAGAGGAAUGGAAUUGGCAAAGUCUUCAAGAAUGCUCUGCUGGAGGCCGAAACUCGAUUUAAGGAGAUAAAGAUAAAGCGAGAGGCUAAGGAAGCGCAGGAGAACAGCCGUAAACCUCCCCCAUAUAAAUUUAUCAAGGUCAACAAACCUGUCGGCAAGGUUCAGGUGUACACCGCAGACAUUUCUGAGAUCCCCAAAUGUAACUGCAAGCCAUCUGGCGAGCGGCCGUGUGGGUUUGAGUCGGAGUGCUUGAACCGCAUGCUGCAAUACGAGUGCCACCCUCAGGUGUGUCCCAGUGGGGAGCGCUGCUGUAACCAGGACUUCACCAAACGUCUGUAUCCAGAGACCAAGAUUAUCAAGACCCCCGGCAAAGGUUGGGGCCUGAUCUGCCUGCGCGACAUCAAGAAGGGUGAGUUUGUGAACGAGUACAUUGGAGAGCUGAUCGACGAGGAGGAGUGCAGGGCGAGAAUCAAAUACGCCCAUGAAAACAACAUAACCGACUUCUACAUGCUCACCAUCGACAAGGACCGAAUCAUCGACGCUGGCCCGAAAGGAAACUACUCUCGCUUCAUGAACCACAGCUGUCAGCCCAACUGUGAGACACAGAAGUGGACGGUGAAUGGUGACACGCGUGUCGGCCUGUUCGCCGUCUGCGACAUCCCAGCAGGCACCGAGUUGACUUUUAACUACAACCUUGAUUGUCUCGGCAACGAGAAGACCGUGUGCCGCUGCGGCGCGCCCAACUGCAGCGGAUUUCUUGGUGACCGACCGAAGAACUCAAAUGGCCAAACAGCUGAGCCAAAAGGAAAGAGGUUGAAGAGAAAGUAUAAAAAGAGGAAAUCGGAGGGAAAGAAAAAAUCUGAGGACGAGUGUUUCCGCUGUGGAGACGGAGGGCAGCUGGUGCUCUGCGACAAGAAGACCUGCACCAAAGCUUAUCACCUGUCCUGCCUGAACCUCACCAAGAGACCGUUCGGCCGCUGGGACUGCCCCUGGCAUCACUGUGACGUCUGUGGGAAAAACUCUGAAGCCUUCUGCCAACUCUGCCCCAACUCUUUCUGCAAGGCUCACCAGGAGGGGGCGCUGCGUCCCUGGCCCCCCACAGGACAGCUGUGUUGUAUGGAGCACGAAGAGCUGGAGGGAGGCGACAGCCACACCCAGGAUAUCGACUCGGAGACGAAAACGGCCGCCGCCGUCAGUCGUUCCUCUAAAAGCUCCAAGAAGGCGGAGGGAGCAGAGGGCAAAACAAAGGGCUCCAAGAGAAAAGCCGCAGACACCUGAAGUGACCUUUCACAGAGCCAAAAACACCAAACCAGACUCGGGCCCCCUUCUUCCCCAUCCACAUAUAGUGUUUUCACAGGAACCAAGGCACUGUACAUCGUUGUUAUCAGGGAAAGCUGCUGAUCUCUCACAUGCUCAGCAAUGGCUCAUCGCUCAAGAGUCUUUUUGUUUUUUUACCUUUGAAAUUUUCAGGCUUUUUUUGUUUUGUUUGUUUUUUCCCCUCUCCCCCCGUCUCGUCUGCAUUGAGGCGAACCAUCUGUGGUGAAGCACAAAUCAGCAGAGCAAGCACAGGUCCGGACACUCAUUCCUCCAGAAACCAAACAGCCUCUCAUCUUACUGUCAGCUUGUUGGUUCGUUUUUCCUCGUGUAUAUAACAGAAGAAAUGAGCUGGCGUCUGCAUUAACGCUGAUCCAGCCAGGACUGAAACCAAGUGCCAGUGUCACCGUCUAGCUUGAACCUCAGUCGGGCCGCCUCCUCUCACUCAACACGGAUUAUCUUGAACAGCAGAGUUUUAUAGCUUAUAUCUAUAUGUGUAUAUCGAAGACCAAAAGUAUAAUUACUGGAGUAGUGUAAGACAUCACACAGGUUGCCAAAUGGAUUGUUUUUAUUUUUAUAUAUAGUAUAUAUAUAUGCCAGAUGUAAUAUGGAACACCAAGACACUAUGGAUAGGCGUCAGAUGACCUCUUUUGUUUUUGUAGCCAUAGAUGACCUGUAACUGUAGACGUGUGCUGUUGUUUUUGUUGUAGCUCAGUUUGAACUACUUUUUUUUUUUUUUGAAUAAUUUUAUGAUUUCUUUUUUUAAUUUGAGUUUAUUUGUGAAACAAAGAUGUUGAACAGUGUGAAGCAUGUCCAGUAAACGAGGGAUUACAGAAGGUAUUAAAAACGAGAGCAGUCUGAAAACUGCCCUGUGACUUGAAAAAAAAAAACAACAACAAAAAAACACUACUUGGAGGAUUUCCAGGUCUUAAAUACUCUGUUCGAUGAUGAGCCACAUUCUCGAAGGAAUGACGGUGACUUUUCGGGUCAGUUCAGAGUCCUUAAGGUGCUCUCUCUCUCUGUCUUUUUUUAAAAUAUCCACUGUAGUGUCUGAUAUCUGAUCUCCGCAGAUUUUAGGCUCGAGAUAUAAUAAUACUGUCUGAAAGCCGGGCUUUUUAUCGACGUAAUCUGAGAUUUAAAAAAAAUCUUUCUUUUUUUAAAUCCUCCGGAGGUUUUUGUCUCAGAACUGCAGUCUGGUUAUUAUUUAACACUCACGCGCUGGCAGACGACAGCACACUGGCUAACGUAAUGCAUCUUAAUAUUUGACGUGUACUUUUGUCGCAUUUAACGAUGAGCCCCAAGGGCUAUGUGUCAGACGCUUGGCUGAGCAUAAAACUGCUAAAAUACUUGGCCCGUGUUUGGCUGAUGCAAGUUUCAUAACCUCACCCUGCAGACGGUGUAAGAAUGGGCACAGCCACCAUGUCCCCCUAGUCCCAAAACGAGGCCUGAAGCUGAGGGGUUCCGAUACAAGAACAUCAACAUUGAGUGAGGGAGCUCAGUGCUUCUGUUCGAUUGUGCAGCAUUUCACUAGAAUGCCUAAAAGCAAGUCCUGAUAUUUGUGCAGGGGGGAGUCUCUGCAUUUACCUUCUGCACCAGAAAGCAUCAGCCAAGCCACCAACACCCUCACCCCACCCAAUUUUAAUUUUUUUUUCCCCUGAAGGUGUUAAAACAGCGUUCCCACAGGUGUAUCUUCAUGUAUGUAAUGAUUUUCUUUUAUUUAAAGUGCUGAGCUGAGCCAAGUCUGACAAUAUAGAGCUCUGAAACCACUGCUUCUGAAAAGCACACACACCUGUCGAGGGAAGAGCACAAUCAGGUUGCUGUAAUCAUGUGACACCUCCACACUUUUGCCAGUUUUUGCCUGAAAAGUGCUGAUUAUGCUUCCUGAGCGGAUUUGACAUUUUUAGGUCUCGCUGCUGCUGCUCUCUUUGAGUCGGUCACGAGGCUGCAGACAUUUGCUUGUGCCUUUAACUUCACAUUUGUCUGACUGUUUAAAUUCUCUCUUCCAAACAGGUCGCUUGUUUCAGCAACUUUUUAUUAUUUUUUUUAAUCUGUUAAAAAAGACUCAGAAGCAGAUUUUACUUGUAUACAUCCAUCAGGAGGCUGUUCUCUUGUUUUUUGUUUUUUAAUAACUGCACUUUUUUUUUUGUAAAGUUUUUCCCCAGGGCAUGUGACUGGGACGUGUCCAAAUGUUCAGCGAGUAUUUUUGACUUCCUAUGUUAAUUAUCUUCAUCCUAACCUUGAUUUAUUGUUCUGUUGAGUGAAUGUAGUCCAACCAGUCCCUUUUUUCUUUUGAAAGCACUGUAAUUCCCUGUAGAGCUGAAGUGUAAUGCGUGUAGGGGUUUCAUUCUGUAACUACUGUCAUAGUAAACCAGACUAAUAUGUACAUAAUGUAUAAGUGGUAAUAGUGAUGCAUUUAUUGUAAAUAUACAAGUUUUGUUUUUUUUCAUCCUCCCCUUGAUGCAGUGCUGAAACACUUUUGUGCAGGAUCUCACGUCAGCUGAAUCGUGCAAUAAAAAGUGGUUGAACAUGUA